UAAAGUUUUCCCGCUCAUCCGGGCCACUAGAGGGCGGUAAUGUUCCCGUUACGCACCUUCCUCAGAAUAUAUAUUUUUCUCAGACGCUAAUGAUCGUGUUUGCUAACACGAGAAACCACUGAGGUCUUAAAAUGGGGGCGUUUUAUUGUGCCGUAUGCAGACAAACGGAUUUUUCAGGAAAAGGUCACAUCUACGGGAAAAGCCACCAGAGUAGACUGAAAGUGGUUCUGGUGAAAUUCCUGGAUAAGGUUAGAGAAGCGCGGCGAACCCUGAAAUGUCCACAGGUGGAGAAAUUCGACGCUUCGCAGCAUGAAGCUAAGUUUUGGUGUUACUGCUGCGAAGUGGAGGUGCAGAAACACGUGACUGACGGCAGAGUCGCUGUGCUUCACGGAGGACUGCUGGAGCACAUGAGCACUCAAGAGCACCGCAAAAACACGAACGCCUUCUGGUGGAGAAACAAAGCAGACCCUAAACACAAAGAGAAGUUCAUCAUCACCGAGCAGGAGACUGACAGAUUCAAGGAGGAAGUUGUCAAAGCACUCGGACAGUACGAAGAGAAAGAGGACACGCUUAUUAAAGAACAAGCUGCUUUAAUCCGGUCGCAGGAGCAACACAGGCUGGAGGUUCUUCAGGCUCUAAUAGAGCCUGAUCCCGAGCUGCAGCAGUCCACUGAACCGGAGCAGCAGAACAUCCAGCAGAUGACCUGCACGGGUUCAGAGCAGACGGGACGUUCUCACAGUGAACUGAACGAGCAGGCGGGCCCAAGCCGUAACGAUCCCUUCAUGCAGAGUCAGUGGGACGAGUCGGGACAAGGCCUCACGUUCAUUGGCGAUCAGGACUGCUAUGACGGUGGAAACGUUCACACGGGGGCGGUGCCUCCAUGGCUGCUGGAGGAUCCCGAAGACGAGAGUGCGGGUAACUCGCAGGACAUCGGUCCAUCUCUGCAGGAUUUUCUUAAGCACAAAGAGCAGCAGAAGCUCAAGAAGCUCCCAGCCAACCGCGUGGGCGCCAACUUCGACCACGGCUCACACACCGACGCCAACUGGCUUCCGUCUUUCGGCCGGGUGUGGAACAGCGGCAGACGCUGGCAGUCCAGGCAUCAGUUCAGGCAGGAGGAGGCUCAAAGUGGGCAGAAGAGAAGGAGGGAGCGUGGAGGAAAGGCAGCCAAGAAGCAGAAACAUCUCACUAACGGAGACGUCUGAUUACACCAAGUAUUCAUAUGAACACUGCAGCCUGGUCAGGAGCAGCACGAAACUAAAUUCAGGUGGCUUUUAAAUCCAUCGCAAGUCUGCAGGACUUCAGACUGUUAACAAUGCAUGUUUGAAUUUUUUAUUUUUUUUUUCCACAUAGAAAUAUUCCUGCAACGCAUUAACACAGUUUGUAACUGCCACUGCCGUUCUCACAUUGAGAAACAUCGCUCUAAAUGACUUUGUGAUAGGAUUGUAAUUAUACCACAACGCCGUCGAGUUCUCGAAUCCGAUUACGUUAUCGCUUCUAUAGUAACAGCACGGACGCUCCACAAACAGAUUCACGCCGUGUUAUUCAACAAUAGAAAAAAUGCACCGUCGUUGAUUUGGUGGCGUUUUCUUUUACGUUUCUGGAAGGAGUCUCCAGUGUCAGCACGUCGUAACAAGAAUUAAAAGUUGCUCGUUCAGGUUUUCACCACGGUAACGUCUUCAGGAUGGGAAGGCUUUACUUUUUCCGCUUUCUCCGUAACAUAAGAAAAAGAAAGGCUGGUGAGGGAACUACUGUUUAUAGCUGCUAUAAUGUAAAUGAUGGUGGAUGUUUCACAAUAUUAAAUGUAUAACUAUAACCAGAUAAAUAAAUCGACAUUCUUUAUUCAAUAAAAAUUCUAAUUAUUUGUAAAUUAGAAUU